UAAGCCUCAUCCGGGUAUUUGCGCUUCCCGAUUGGCGACCCGUCGCCAUAAGUGAGACUUUAUUUUGCAAAGGAAAAUUUGGGUUAAAACCCAAUAAUCCAUCCGCUUUCCCUUUUCGGAGAGCGGUUAACGCCUUGUGGGGCGAGACGUUUCCCACGCCGGAGAAAAACGACACUUUUCAAGGGGCGAGGCCCCGUUUUUUGGGCGCUUGUUUUUUGUGUUAACGAACAGCUUUUUUACAGAGACAUUUGGAUUGUGUCUCUCUGUUUUUCUCGGUUUGUUUGUGGUCAAGAUGUCGCCGUAAUGGGGUCUCCGUGUUUGACAGAAAUGAAUAAGGGCCUCCGUCGCCUGACCCGCGUUUGCAGCAGUCCGUUAUUUUCAGCUUUACUUCCGUUUAAUGCUACAGAGCUCGGCGGCUCUCUCACCGGAGUUCGGCCUCAACAUGGAGAAAAACCCAAAUGCCAACAACAGCAGCAACACGAAGAUCCCGCCCCGUUCUGGCUCAACAGGCCCGACUCCUACAGAUUCUAAAACCAAAACAGAUAGUAAAAAUAAUGGGGGCUCAAAGCGCUACACCCGUAAGCGUGAGCCCACUUUUCCCAAGGGCGAGAGCUUUCCGGGCCCACGCCGCUCCCAGCCGCUUAAAAGCAAGAAUUUUGACAAGAGACCCCCUCAGAGAGGUGGCGGUGGGGAAAGACCGUAUGGACUCACUGGUGGUGGGAGAAGAGAAGAGGUAGUCGAGAACCGCCGGGCAGAGUUUAGCCCGGCUCAAUUUGCUGGACCGAAGAAGAUGAGUCUGAAUCACCUGCUCAACUUCACGUUCGAGCCACGAGGAGGCCAUUUAGGCUCCGGAGGAGAUGGCCAUUCAUGCUGGGGUCGCCGCAACAAGUGGGGUCACAAACACAAGCCUUUUAACAAGGAGCUCUUCCUGCAGGCUAAUUGCCAGUUUGUGGUAAUUGAUGAUCAGGACUAUCAAGCCCACUUCACUGAUCCAGACACUUUGGUGGACUGGGACUGUGUGCAGCAAGUGCGCAUCAACAGUCAUGAGGUGCCGUCGUGUCCGAUCUGCCUGUAUCCCCCUGUGGCGGCCCACAUGACGCGUUGUGGCCACAUUUAUUGUUGGCCGUGUAUGCUGCACUACCUCUCUCUGAGUGAGAAGAGUUGGUCCAAGUGCCCCAUUUGUUAUGAGGCCGUGCACAGCACUGACCUCAAGAGUGUGGUUGCCAUGGAGACCCAUCAGUUCGUGAUCGGUGAUGUCCUCACUAUGCGUCUGACGAGAGAGAAAGGAUCGCUGGUGGCUCUUCCUAGCGCCCAGUGGAUUCAAGUAGAGGAGCCGAUUCGUUUUGGAGAUGUGUAUUUGAGCUCAUACUCUAAGCUGCUGUUGGCAUCUAAGGGGCAGGUUUUGAGUUUGCUCGCUGAAGAGAGGGAGGCUCUCCAAUUACAGCUCAGCCAGGAGAAAGACGACCCACAGGCCUGUUUCAUACAGAGUGCAUUACUAAUGCUACAGGAACGAGAGGAGGUACUACUGAAGUCUCGCUGUAAGGACGAUGCCUCUGCUUGCAUUGCAGAUAUGAGGAAACUGUCUCUCUGUGAGAACCCUUCUCCAGAGGUGACCGGUGUCAAAAACAUCCAAAGCUGCAAGCCUGUGCUGCAAUAUGCCUCAGCAUUUGAUGAUGAGAUACAGGAGGCUCACGAGGAGCAGGUGGAAGAAACGGCUCCUCAAAAUGUUUCUGAGGGGGCUGAAGAGAUGCCUGCAGGCUCCGUUGAGGAUAAACCUGUUGAAGAGACCUCUCAGAGCGGUCCGAAUGAAGCAACCCCACCACAGAACUCCAAUCAUGGCCCAUUUUACUACUUCUAUCAAGCUGAAGAUGGUCAGCAGAUGUUCCUGCAUCCAGUGAAUGUGCGCUGUCUAUCGAGGGAAUAUGGAAGUUUGGAGAACAGCCCUCAGUCUAUCACCGCUACUGUAGUGGAAAUUGAAGGACAGACUGUCACUGAGGAUAUUCGUCGCAGGCACCGGUACCUUUGUCACCUGCCGCUCACGUGUGAGUUCAGCCUCUGUGAACUCAACCUUCAGCCACCGAUUGUCUCCAAAGAGACCCUAGACAGCUUCUCAGAUGACUUGGAGAAACGGAAACGCCUGAGGCAGAAGAAGGCGAGGGAUGAGAAAAGAAGGGAGAAGAGGAUAGAGAUGGAGGAGAACCGAAAACAAGGCAAAUAUCCAGAGGUGCACAUUGGACUUGAGAACCUCCAGCAUUUUCCUGCUUUUGGAUCUCCUCCUCAGUACAGCCCACUAGCACAACCCCCAGAGUUCCUGUUGGGACCACCAUCUCCUCUGAGCAGCAGCCCUUCUUCAGAUGGAGUGAUGUUUCCCAAUCUGAGUGAACACAGUCCCUCUGUUAGUGUCGCCACUAGUGUAGAGGAGGAUUCUCACUGCAUGUCCUUUGCUCAGAUGCUGAAAGAUGGGAGAGCUCGUGUGGACGCUGGGCCUAAGACCACCCCAAAGAAAGGGUGUGCGGACAUGUUCCUGGCCCCUCCACCAGCAGACAGUGAUGGAGAGAGUGACGGCUCUGAUCGGGUCCCAGUACCCAAUUUCCAGAACUCUUUCAGUCAGGCCUUCGAGGUGGCUCUGUCUCAGCUGGAUCAUGCAAAUCAAACCCCAGCACAUGCUAUUCCUAUCAAUGAGGAGAAAGGGGGGAAGAAAAAGAAGAAAAAGCAGAAGCUGCUGUUCAGCACCUCAAUGGUUCACACAAAGUAAACGGCACUGAAGUUUAUCAUUCACUCCCGUCAUGACCUUCUGCCCUUAUCCUUCCCACAAUCACCGGCUUAUGUUUCACUUUAUUCAUCAAUAGCCGCUUCUCCCAUCUUUUCAUACCCAGACCUGCAGGACAUUUAAUUCAAUAGCAGCAACAUUGUGAAACACCAAAUCUCAGUAUCAUAGAUUAGUCCCUACAGUUAUAUUUUAACUGGGAUGUUUAUGCAUUAUUGUGGAUCCGAGAUGUGUAACUUUUGUCUGCAUCUCAUUUAAAAACAUUGUGUUACAUUUAACACUCAAGAUUCUGCCCAGAUUCGAUCAAUGAUAACUUGGGCGUGUUUGUUGGUUUUGGGUUUCGGUGAUAUUUUGGGGGUCUUGGGGUAGCAGUCAGCCAGCUGCAAACACAUCUCACCUCCUCAUCUGCGUGACCCUGUUCAGAUACUUACACAUUGAACCAAAAAUGUAUACUAAGUUUGUAUACUGAAAUAUUGACAAUUUGCCAUUUUUCUUUAAAACUGCUUAAAAUGCACAAAUGUAGAACUUGUGGAUUAUGCAGUUUUGUAUUUUUGCUUUGUCACACACACACAUGACACAUCAAUACAGGACAUCCAUACCUACAAGUCUGUUUAAUCUAAUCAAGGAUGAUUUCAAAAGUACCUUCUGGAAAAGCCAAAUGCUUAGUUAGUCUUUAAGCACUUGACUGUAUUAGAACCUUCAAUCAUUCGACGUUGCUUCAAAGCUCAAAAUGUAAAAUAUUAGGGACGAGACCGAGGUGCUGCUGACUCCACUGCUUCAUUUAUGUUCAUUAAAAAGAUUUUGUAAAGACAAAAAAGAUAUGGGAAAUGUUUUGAGGCUUUGAAUUGUUUGUCUCUUUCUUGGUAUCUGAAGAAAUGUGUGAUUUGAGAAUAAAGCUGGAAUGAAUAAAGGAACUUUAUGCACUGA